CCAGUUUUCAUUUUUCGAUGUCGGUCAACUUGAAGCAAAUUUACCGCGACCUCGAAGAUCUCAUUGAACGCGUCCGUGGGGGCGAGUUUAGUGAAACAACUACCCUGCGCUCUGAAAUCUCCUACAUCACUGAGGGCAUUGUUGAUGUGUACAAGGCCGUCCAGCAAAACAAAAAGGCGAUUGAGCGACAUGAAGAGCUUCUGCGCCAAGAACAAGCGCAGCUGGAGAACCUCAGGCGCAAAAGAGAGGCUGCGCACCGCAAAGUGCAACAAACCGAGCAGCAUCGGCCGAGGCAUGCAACCGCGCAACGCAGCCCAGCUGUCACCCGCGAGCAACUCAGGGCGCUGCCUGUCGUGUCUGGUGUGGUGAUCGAGGAAGUGACGGACUUGUACGACUCCCCUUCUGCUGCUCCUGCACCUGAGCCCAUGCCCAUCAUCCCUCUUCCUGCCCCCACCUAUGCCAGCCAGCUCAACCAAGACGAGAUCAAUGGCAUCGACACGUUCGUUGCACACCCGAGCGGAUACAACUUUCUCGAUCUCGCCAUCAGAACCAAUGCGCCUGACUACACGCUUCUGCCAGCUGAAAUGCACACAACGGCACAGUUGAUCUGCGGGUCUCAGAACUACAUUGGUUACGCGAUCGAGUCUGCGGCAAACCGCCAGCUGUACUACGAGCAGCCGCUCCAGCUGACCAUGUAAUCCGUUUUUGUUCUGAGCCAGUGAAACAAUUCUUCAAUGCCAAUAAAACAGUUCUUCAAAGCCAAGAAAACAAUCCUUCAAAGCCAGACAAAUAAUUCUUCAGAGCC